AUGCUAGGGCCAGUAUUUCUUACCGGAGUGGCCCUCUCCCUAAUCUCAUACUUCAUCAUUUACCCAGUGGUAGAAUACUUCCGAGAUCCAAAGGGUCUCCGGAAAUACCCAAACCUAAACGGCUUGUCAGGCAUGACAAACCUCAGUUUCAUUUGGGAGGCAUACAAAGGAUUUCGCUCGAAUCGGCUAUUAGAAGCUCAUCAAAAGUACCCCGUUGUCCGUAUAGGUCCGAAUUCACUAUCUUAUGGGGACCCGAAAGCCAUCAAGGAUAUCUACGGCCAUGGAACUUCAUGCGUCAAAGACCAAUUCUACUCCGUCCUCGUGGGAUCUCACUACCACCUCGCCGACGUAGUUGACAAACCGGAUCACGCUCGUAAGAGAAAAAUCUUGUCUUCUGCAUAUGCUCUAAAGAACCUCGAGGGGUGGGAGCACAAAGUCGCAGACAAAGCCGAACGGCUAGUGCACGCAUUUGAUACCAGGUGCACCGCCCCUAUCACUAAAAAGACCAAUAACAAUCCAGCGCCUGAGGACCUAACAGUAGACUACCGUGCUUGGACCAAUUUCUUUACUCUCGACGCCAUUGCUGAUAUCGGUCUAUCUGAGCGCCUUGGGUUUCUUGAUGCGGGGAAUGAUAGCUGCACUGGGGAGCGCAUGGAUGGCACACUCUAUACUAUUCCAUCAUACCGCGCCUGUCUCCAUGCCACAGCUCGAGCUCAGUCAAAUCUCGUUUGGGGUUAUGACUGGUAUCCGUUUCUCGUAGAAAUGAGCAAAGUGAUUUCCACCAAAUUUCGCGAGUAUUGGCGUCUGAAUGAAGGAUGGAACGAUAUUGUCUGGCACCGUGCGUGUAAACGUCUCCGUCGCUACCAAGCUGGAGAAGUUCUCGAUGACUUUUUCGCCUGUCUGAUGGAAGAUAAAUCGGGAAACAUGAACAAUAUGGAGUUUGGUGAGAUUGUCGCUGAGGUUUCCAUCAUGAUGAACGCAGGUUCCGACACGACUGCACUGGCUAUGACAAACGCCAUGUUCCUGCUACUCAGAAAUCCCAAAUGCCUGGCUAAGUUGCGGGAGGAAUUGGAUACGGUCCUUGACUCGGAAGAUGUGGUGGCCCCUUACGACAAAAUUCGCUAUCUACCAUACCUCCGAGCAUGUCUUGAUGAAGCACUUCGUAUCCUUCCGCCCACCUCAUUUGGUCUUCCUCGGAGAACACCGCGUGAUGGUUCCGUCAUUGGCGAAGAAUUCGUGGCGGGCGACACUACAGUAUCUAUCUCCGCCUAUGUAGCGCACAGGAACCCGAAACUGUUUCCAGACCCAGAGUCCUUCCAGCCCGAGCGCUGGAUUGGUGAAAAGGGCAAAGAGCUGCAGCCUUAUUUCAUCAGCUUCUCAGCUGGUGCGCGCGGCUGUAUUGGGCGCAAUAUCAGCUAUUUAGAACAAAGUGUCGUGCUUGCAACGGUGGUGCACCGUUAUGAAAUGGCUUUAGCAAAGCCAGACUGGGAGCCGGAGCGAUGGGAAAGCUUCAAUCUAAUGUCGUCGGCUAUGCCAGUGAAAAUCUGGAGAAGAACCUUUGAGACUGCGAACGAAUAG